AUGGACAGGAAAAGGGAAUUUAUUUUAUACCUCCCAGCCACAAACCGCUCAGAUUUAGACCAUUAUGGACGCACAAUAGAUACCAGUUCCCAUUCCUUCUACCACCAAUCCUCCCUGAUCUUCCGACAAAUAUCCACUAUACACUCCCUUAUCAGCGAAGAUGAUAUGUACUAUAACUUUGCAAAGUAUGGCCACAAGUCCAGGCUUGAUGGACUUAGACACAGGCAAAUAGAGCUAGAAAGGAUCGGUAUUCAGCCAAUAAUCGAUGACACUAACCAGGCUGGAGAGGCAAUCAAACUCAUCCACGAGUGGCUGAACAAACAAAUAGCGCAAAAGCCCAAGCUAUUUAACAUAAAAUCGCAAGCCUUUGGACCAAAUGACGAAAACUGCGAUGAAGUCAUGAGUAAAAAGGGUGUAAUAGCUUGUCUGUACCAUAUGCUACAACAGGUAACCGACAAAAUCAAAAGCCACGAAACGGCUGCCCUUGAGACCAAAUCUCAACUGCACAAGUUCAAAGCAUUGAUCAAUGCACCUACAAACGCAUUAGAUCAGUACGACUUAUUCAUACCACCCCGACAAGAUACCAAAGGCGAUAUUGCUCCCCUUCCAGGACUCGGUCCACUCCCAACAAAUACUACGGACAAGGAUGAUAGUAAAACCACACCAAAGGAUAGGGAAAAAAAUGAAAGUGGAAACAAUUUGACUAAACGUGAUUACACCCCAUCCGGUAUACAAAUGCACGAGAGUGACUUGCUGGUACAACAAAAUGAACAGCUAGUUGAAACAUUCGCAGACGUAUCGCAGGACAUAGACAUUGUUACAUCUGUACAAAACAGACUAUACGAAAUAUCUACUAUGUUUGUCCAAUUCUCCACGACGCUAAACGAUCAGCUGGACAUUUUCGAAAACAUACGCGACAACCUACAGCUAUCCAUUGGCAAUAUUGAAACCACAGGCGAAAAUCUUAAGCAGUCACUGGAGAGGGAAUUCAGCCUAGUGGUUAUGGUGGCAUAUCUGUUUCUCGUUGCGGGCGUGGUAUUAUUUCUACUGGACUUUAGCAGGUGGCGUUGA